AUUUUUUUAAAUGGAAGAAGAAGACUGCACUAUUUUUAUUGAAGAACUUAAAAGCGAUGAUCCCAAUCUAAAACUCAAUGCUGUAUCCAAAAUUGUAUCAAUUGCCUAAAUUCUUGGACCUUCAAGAACUUGCUAAGAACUCAUCCCUUAUCUCAUUGAUAUCAUUGAAGAAUAAGACAAUGAAGAUGAAUUCCUAAUCAAAUUAGCUAAAGAAUUAGUUAAUCUUAAACCUUUCACAGGUGCCAAUGUACAUUUACUAAAUGCUCCUCUUGAAAUUUUAAGUUCAAUGGAAGAGCCAUUAGUUAGAGAUAAAGCAGUUGAAUCUUUAAUUUUACUUGCAGAAGGAAUGCCAAAUAGUAAAUUUUAUUCAUCUUAUUGUUUUUAGGUUUUUUUGAAAAUCACUUUUUUUAAAUUGUCUAAUAAUUAGGUCAAUGGGAUAAUUUUCCUUCAAGAAUAUCUGCUGCUAGUCUCCUUCCUCUUACUUAUAAAUAUGUUUCAUUAGAAAAAUAAAAUACUCUUUGGGAUUUAUUUAAAUAACUAUGUGGAGAUGAUACUCCAAUGGUAAGAAGAGUAUGUGCUGGAGUUUUGUCUGAUCUUGCUAAAAUGAAAUGCCAACCUUAAUAAUUAUUAUAAUUAUGGGAAGCUCUUCUCAAAGACCCUAUUGAUAGUGUUAAAAUUAAAGCAAUUGAAGGAUCAUAAUACAUGCUUAAAUUAAUUGAUGACGAACAUGAUUUAGAAACAUAACUUUAAGGAUAUUUUGCUCUUGCUGAUCCAAAAGAAAAAAGUUGGCGUGUUAGAUACACUGUUCCAGAAUGUUUGGAAAGUAUCAUAGAUAUUAUUGUUAAAUUAAGUAAUUGGUUUUCAAAUAUUUUAGAUAAAAAUAAAAGUAUUUUAAAAAAUCAAGCUGUCCCUGUAUUUUAAUAAUUACUUAAAGAUACUGAACCUGAAGUAAGAUCUAUGGCAUUAAUAUCUGUAUAUCAUCUAUUAAAAGAAUUGCCUUCAUCUAGCAAAGAUGCAUUCUUACCCUAAUUUUAAACUUUAUCAACAGAUACUUCUUAACAUGUUAGAAUGUCAUUAGCUGAAUAAAUUUGUAAAAUUUCUAAAUAAUAUUCUGUUUAAAUUGUCUUAUAAAAUUUUAUACCUUUGAUUACUUCAUUGAUUAAGGAUGAUGUAGUAGAAAUCAAAAUCAAACUAGCUCAUAAUUUAGAUCAAUUAUCUUAAGCCAUAGGACAAGAAAAUUCGAAAAAACAUUUAGUACCUCUUAUACAAACAUUUGCAUCUGAAAAGUAAUGGAGAUACAGAUUAGAAAUGAUGUCAAUCAUACCCAAAUUAUUAAAAGUUGCUGGUUAUGAUAGUUUUUUAGAAUUAUAAGAAACUUAUUUAGAAAAAGGAGUACUCAACCACUAUUAAGCAAUUAGAGAUUAAGCUAUUGAGAAUUUAAUACAAUUGAAUGAAACUUUUGGAUAUGAUAAGAUCAGAGAAUUCGUUUUAUAAUGUAUCAAUAAAUAAUUUGAACAGCAAAAUUAUAUCUAUCGAGUUUCAGCUAUGCAUAGUAUAGCAAAAUUAAAAAAUACAUUAUCGAAAGAUGAUCUAGUAAAUUUGUUCAAAGUAAUCCAUAUAAAAAUUAUUUAUCAAGGAGGUAACCCAAAAAUCUUUGAAUGACAAAGUUCCUAAUGUUAGAUUAAAUAUUUUUAAGUUGUUUACCGCAAUUCAAAAUAAAUUAGACAACAAGACUCAAAAUGAAUUCAAAAAUAAAGCAAGAAUCUUAUAAUAAGACUAGGAUAUUGAUGUGAAAUAUUUUGCAUAAAAAAUUUGA